UGUAGUUCUGGGCCUGCCGCGGGGUCGUGGGCCCUGCGCGCUGCCGCGCUCUCGAUGGUCCGGGAGGGCAGAGCGGCCCCUCGGUUGCCAUGGCUUCUCACUUCGGCCGCGGGAGAGGAGCAGGCCGGCUAGGCGCUCGCUAAUUUCGGCGGCGACGCGCAGCGGGACAGCGGAAGGAACGCGCGCGGUGUGUCCGGGAGCCAGGGGCGGAACGCUGGGGAGCCAGGAGCCGCGGAGGCGGAGGGAGCGGGGCCAGCGUUUUCCUCCCGAUUGCUGAGCGUAGCUCCUUACCCAAGCCCACUCCCACGCUCUAGCGAGCAGCCGCAGUGUGGAAGAAUGGCAGUGAGCCACUCAGUGAAGGAGCGGACCAUCUCCGAGAACAGCCUGAUCAUCCUGCUGCAGGGCCUCCAGGGCCAGGUCACCACCGUGGACCUGCGGGAUGAGAGCAUGGCCCGCGGACGCAUAGACAACGUUGAUGCUUUCAUGAACAUCCGCCUGGCCCAGGUCACCUACACGGACCGUUGGGGGCAUCAGGUCGAGCUGGAUGACCUCUUUGUGACAGGCCGGAAUGUCCGUUACGUCCACAUCCCCGAUGAUGUGAACAUCACCGCGACCAUCGAGCAGCAGCUGCAGGUCAUCCAUCGGGUGCGCAACUUUGGCGGCAAGGGGAAAGGCCGGCGGGAAUUUCCCUCCAAAAACUAUAAGUGAGCCUGUCCCCUCAGCCAGCCCUGGUCUCCACUCAGGUUCCUCCAGAGUUCUACUGAGCCAAAGCCUGCUCUCCCUCCCCGCCCAGAACCUGGGAAGGGAGCAGGGCCAGCCCAGAAGCUGGUGUCUGACGGACAUCACCUGUCACAGCUGCCUUUCACAGGGUCCCACCUCCCAGACUCACCCUGGGACCCAGAAUUCUAGUUAUCUAUCUGUGGCCUUGGGGUAGAUGACAGUCCCCCCUUUGGAUCAUUAUCUAUCUGAAUCUCUGAUUUACUGGUUUAGGGAAUGUGUCAAAAAGUUUUCAACCCUCUCCCAGUGAGGAUUAUUAAAUGUGCUUGGCCUGAGCAUCCCA